AUGACUGAAGAACAUAGAGAGCAAAAGAACGAGAGCAUAGAUCCUAGCCACAUUCACCACUCCUCAGACGAAGAAUCAACUAUUGGCUAUGAACCCAACCUUUCCCAUGUACCUACCAACACCAGCGCCCUGAACCGUACACUAUCGGCGGUGCGCACUCGGGAAUCUGGCAAAGAUCUCGGCCCACCCCCGGAUGGCGGAUUUCAGGCUUGGUCACAGGUUGCUCUCGCACACUUCGUCAUCUUCAAUACAUGGGGCUACAUCAAUAGCUUCGGCGUCUUCCAGACGUACUAUUCCCAGACACUGGGACAUCAACCCUCGGAUAUCUCCUGGGUCGGCAGCAUUCAGAUCUUUUUGUUGUUUUUCAUUGGCACAUUCUCCGGCAGGGCCACCGAUGCUGGCUAUUUUACAUUUACUCUAUCAUGCGGUGCUAUCUUGGAAUGCUUCAGUAUUUUCAUGACCUCGCUCUGCACCAAGUACUGGCAGCUAUUCCUGGCACAGGGUGUUGGCCAAGGAAUUGGGUGUGGGCUCAUGUUCUGCCCAACCCUGGCUUUGGUCUCGACUUAUUUCGCCAAGAACCGUGGGAUCGCCAUUGGAAUCGUUGCGUCGGGUUCUGCCACCGGAGGUCUGGUCUUCCCGGCUGUUAUCAUGAAGAUGCUGCCCCAGGUCGGAUAUGGGUGGACAAUCCGGACGCUGGGCUUCAUUUCGGUAGCCACGUUGACUCCUUGUGUCCUGUUCCUCAAGCAGCGCCUUCCUCCACGCAAGAGUGGUCCGAUUGUCGAGUGGGCUGCCUUCACCGAGCUGCCCUACUUGCUGUUUGCGAUUGGCAUGUUCAUGAACUUCUGGGGCCUAUAUGUUGGCUUUUUCUACAUCGGCAGUUUCAGUCGUAACAUCAUCGGGGUGUCAAACGAUCGAUCCAUUGAUUUACUCCUGGUCAUGAAUGGAGUCGGAUUGGUCGGGCGAUUGGUCCCCAAUCUGCUAGCUGAUCAGUUCACCGGUCCUCUCAACCUGUUGAUCCCGUUCAGUUUUGCGACAGCCUUGGUUGGAUACUGCUGGGCGGCAGUCAACGGUAUGUCCGGGCUGUGGACAUUUGCCACGUUUUAUGGCCUCUUUGCUGCGGGGAUUCAAUCGUUGUUCCCAGCGACCCUCAGCACCCUCACGGCGGAUAUGAAGAAGAUCGGUGUACGCAUGGGCAUGAUUCUCAGUGUGGUGGCAGUGGCAGCCCUUAUAGGGUCUCCUAUUGCUGGUGAGCUAGUUGUUCGUGAUGAUGGAAAUUAUUUGUAUGCCCAAAUGUUCAUGGGAUCUGCGAUCUUCCUUGGCGGAUUGACCUUGAUUGGGGCUCGAGUGACCAAGGUGGGCACUGGUCUGGCUCGAGUUUGA